AUGCUGAAGGAAGGAUGCCAGGACUUGGAAGGAACUGGUCAGGGUCUUUGUCUCGUUAGCUUUGUGGUCGGAAGUGGCAAAUCGUUUCGGGCCAAUGGCUAUUCGAUUUGGAUUUAUAUUUGGUGGAACUCACUAGAUUCUCAAGGCAUGACCUCAAGAAAGCCCUUAUCCUCCCGUAGGUGGGUAUCCGUAGAAAGUGUGAACCUUACGCAUAAGUUUAGUUGGAUACCAACUCAAAGCAGGUCGG